UUGGUCAGAGCCAUUUGGUGCACAAAAGCGAAAUGGAGAAAUGUUUUCAAUUCUAAUAUGGUAUAGCAAAUAUAAUCUUGCUUUCUAACUGGAAAUUGUCAAUCUUAUCCCUAACCUUACGUCAACAAUUGGAUUCUUGUGGAACUUACUUUUCAAGAUAUUUUAAGAACUUGCUUCUAAUGCACAAGAAUUAAUGACAAAACACAGCUAAAUGUAGUUGGUGAAAUAGGUCCUCGCUGUUGUUGGUGUGUUAACAUUUGCCGAAGCAGAUAAAAGAAAUUUGCAAAAUGCCACGAAAGAGCGUUGACAGUCUACACCUUAAAGAGCUCCUAGAGAUAGUUGACAUUUUGAAAAUUGACUACGUCGAAGAGACAGCGUCUCUAAGCAGUUUGAAGUCAAUACUAAAAGAGAGAAUUCGUGAUCAAACUUCCAGAAGUGGAAUAUACGCAAAUGGAAUUUCGGGUGCUGAAGUUGUGGAGAAAGCAAAGUCAAGAGACAACCUAAAUAGAGAUGCUUUGUUAGACUACAACGAAAAAAUCGACGAGUGUUUAAACCGUCUUGGGGAUGUAGAUUUUCCAAUAUUAAAAGACCUUCUUAAUAUCAAAGUUGAUGUUCGACAGUAUAUUAACGACAUUCAAAAAUCAUUAGAAAAAAAGAAAUAUUAUCUUCUAAUUGCAGGUGAAACAAGUGCUGGAAAAAGCACUAUACUAAAUUUGAUUCUUGGUGAAGAGGUAGUGCCGCAUCAUACUCUUCAUACGACUUCAACAAUAUGCGAGGUUAAAUUUGGCAAAGACAAGGAAAUGAUUGUACACUAUAAAUAUGAAAACGUACAAGACAGACGACAUGCUCCCCAAGUCGUUAAUCUGGAAAGAAAUGAAGAAUCUGAGCUGAGUUAUGCGGAGCUAAUUGGUUUAUAUGUUAACCCCGAGGACACGAGGGAAACAGGAGAAACUGAAAGAGUAGAAAUAUUUUGGCCACAUGAUUUACUGAAGCAAGGAAUUGUUAUUGUGGACAGUCCAGGUCUUGGUGAAUCAGAAAAAAUGGACGAAAUUUUAAUGAACUAUCUUCCUAAUGCUUUUGCAUAUAUUUAUAUUCUUGAUGUUGCACGAGCUGGUGGUGUGCAAAGAGAAUCUACAAUGAAGAUGAAAAAAAUGGCCGAGAAACUUGAAACUUCUAAUGCUGGCCGUCAUUGUAUUAACCUUCUCGCAGAGUGCACACUUUUUGUAGCAAAUAAAUGGGAUCAAGUAGAAAAGAAAGAGCAAGAUUCCGUAAGAAAACAUCUUGAAAAACAGCUGGCUGAAUGCUGGGAAGUUGCAAAUGCAAAGAAGCACAUUCUAACAAUAUCUGCAAAAAAUGCCAUUAAAGUGCAAGAAUGUGGCGGCAUUUCUCCAGAGUUUCAAAGAUUACUAGACAGCAUUAGGCAACUAAUAUUACGUGGAAUUGACAUUCGACUGUACGACAAUUGGCAGAAAUUAGAUACGAUUCUGUCUCAAAUUUUCAAGUUGGCAAAUUUCUUUAAAGUCCAGGCUAAUUUUGCACAAGGAAAUAAUCGCAAAAGAAUAGACUCACUCAAAUGUCGAAUUAAAAAUAUCCAAAGUCAAAAUGAGGAUGAAAGCGAAAAAAUAAAAACGGAGUUACAAUCUAAAACAAAACCUUUUUCUGAUAAGAUAAAAGAAUACAUAAAAACGAGUGAAUUUGAAGAAAAAUUCUAUUCCUGGAACACCGAUGAUGUGGAUCAUAUGCUCGAGCACAAAUGGAAAUUGACAAAAGGAAAUAUCGAUAAAUCAAUUGCUGAAAAGUUUUUGCAACUUAUAAAAGAAUGGGAAAUGAAAGAAAAAAUUCAUGAAAACAUCCACUGGGAAACAAUUGAUCAUUACUUGAAAAGAUUACACAUCUUAAAAGACGAACUUGACAGAUUGGGAAACGAUGGCAACAGCCUGAAGUGGCAAUUUGAAAAUUUGACACGCCGAAGCCAGCAAUCCCUCCCGACAAAAGUUCUUGUUGGAGCCAUGCUGCCCAUAUGGUUACCCGUUGCUGCUGCGGGUGUUCUUAUUGGUGCACCAGUACUGGGUACAGUUGUAUUUGCAAAGGAAGUUAAUUCCCAUAAAGCAUUGCGUAAAUUUGAAGAAAACCCUUAUCAAUAUUUGCGACAUCGCUCGAAAAAAUUUUUGGAGGAAAAAAAAGCCCAACCAAUUCUUGAAGAGGCGCAAGCACUAAUAAAUAAAACUGAAGAGAUUGUAUCGAUUUAUUCAAGUCUCAUUCCACAAGUAGUAGAAGGUGAUAAGAAAAUGGUGAAGAAGUUGAGUGAUGAUUCACGUAGUAAUCUGGAGAUGGAACAUCAUUAUGCUCCUAUUCAGGAAAUGAGCGAAGAACUGAGAGAUAAGAUAACACCGUUGGGACUGAAGUUGUUUCCAUCGACAAUAGACAAACGUGAUUUAACAUGGGAACCUAAACUUCGGUCUCAUAUUGGAGAAGGAGAGUUUGCUCAAAUUUAUCGCGGUAAAAGAAAGAUUGUGAAGCGGUCUGAAUCGUCUAUACCAUUACUAGAAAACAUUGCCUUGAAAGUUUUCAAAAAUCCAUUUGACCAAAUGAAUGGAAGAUUUUAUUUGAAUGAGCAACUUGAUGUAAGACAUUUGAAACAUGACAACGUUCUUCAACUUAUUGGAGUGAUAAAGCAAGAUGACCCACUGAAGUAUAUUUUCAUAAUGCCACUUUGCAAGAAAAGCCUUAGGAGAGUCAUUUUUGACGAUCCAAAAAAUGUCCCAGCUCAAUCCCACGACACAAAAUUGGCAACAAAGAAUUAUAAGAAAUGGGCAAAAGAAAUUGCAAACGGGCUAAACUACGUCCAUGAAAGGGGUCUCGUACAUCGACAUCUUAAAUUGGAAAAUGUUCUGAUAAAAGACAACGAUGUAGCAGCGAUAUCUGAUGUGGGAAUUGUUGGUGAAUUUAAGGAAACUCAAAAAAGUAUCAUUUACCAUGCACCAGAAGUACUGGAAAACUUGCAUCAUAUGACGAAAGCUGCAGAUAUUUACAGUUUUGGUAUCAUGCUUUGGGAGAUGUGGUAUGGUGUCGUGGCUUUCGAGGAACUCAUGCCAAUUGUGAAAGAGGAAUUCAAAUUUAAGGUCAUCAACGGUCACAGACCAAAAAAUGACGAAAAUAUAAUUACCCUUCCCACGAUGCAACAUUUGAUGAAGUUUUGCUGGUUGCAUGAACAUGAUCAAAGACCAACAAGUAAAACAUGUUUUCAAAUGUUAGAAAAUUAAAAAGUUGGAAGAACAUCACGAGGUCCUAGGACGUUUUCAUUUACAAACUAUAUGAUGUGUUAGCCAUAUGCGCAUGAAAUAAAUAAGCGUUUUAAUACUUUAUUAAUAUUAGAUUUUAAUUGUCGUGUUAAAAAUAUUUAGAAUUUUUUAUGGCUGAUAAUGUGUUAAUAAAUGCCAUAGAAACGCAUUAGAUAGACUUUGAGCUGGCCAUACUGUUUCUAAAUUUCAGAAAAUAAAUAUAUGGAUUAGGCAUAGCUACUUCGUAAAUUUUGCUAAACUACAUAUGAUAUCAACUUUGUGAACCAAUGAUAUGUUUAAUAAGCCUAUUGCUUAAAAAUUAUCAUAUAAUUCCCUUAAAACGCAAUAAUUUCGUAAUAUGAGUCAAAUAGAUCGAUACUGCAUAUAAAUCAAAACGUUUACAGACUUUAUAUGGUACCGUUUUCAAGGAAAUCUAAUUACGUGAACAGAGAUUUCAGAUGACAAUCCACGUAAAAAAACUAUGUGCAGACUGCAGUGGUCAAAUAAUUCAUUCAAAAUAUAAAAAUUUUUGGUCAUUUGUA